AAUUUCCAUCCUUUUAAAAUAAUAAUAAUAAUAAUAAUUCUGUGAUCAUACAAUCAUACAUUCAUAUACACACACUGUUUUUAUAAUAAUCCAUCUAUGGUUCUUACUCUUUCUGGCAAAUUAUCGAUAUGGGUCCAUCUGCAUUCAUUUCAUAUUUUCCAUUCCAUAAAUAAGAAUCUCAUCCUUUUAAAAAUAUUCUCCAAUUUUAUUCCCAGCUUUUAGUUUAUAUAAACAGACUUUGAAAUGAGGGGAGGGGUAAUGGGUGAUGGCCUGAUGGGUAAUGGGGUUUGUGUGUUGUCCUCCUCCUCCAGGGCAGCCUCUGCUAAAACCCUUUGUGUGUCGAAAGUACCUCAUGGUUAAUAAUCCUUUUUGAGGCCAAAAAAAAAAAGAGUGAAGAUUUUUAUUUUUCUUUAGAUCAAGAUUCUUAAUGGGUUUCUCAGACUUCUGAUCCAAUUUACACAGUUUCUUGGGUUUUGGAUUCUGAAUUGAAAUCCCACUUUUCUUUUCUUCUCCAUGCAAGUAAAAACAGCUAACUUUAUGCAUUUGUCAUUAUAUUCUUUGUUGCUUUUUUAGUUUCUUUUUUUCAGAACUGUGGUGGGGCUGCUCAAUUGCUUUCCUUUCUUCUGGUUGUGUGUCUCCUUCUACUCUGCUCUCACUACAACUACUAUUAUAUUUUCAAAUACACAAGAAUGCAAGCACACCUACUCACUCACUAACUUGGACACUUUCAGGUGUGUGUGCUCCUUGUUUGCCUUAUGAUUUUUGUGCAUACUGUUUGGGGGGAAAGGGAAACCAAUGAUUUCCUACAUAUGGUUACUCUGAUCAAUGUAGUAUCAUAAAACCACCCCUUCUUCUACCCCAACCGAUUUCCUUAGCAGCAGGAGCAGCAAAUCCUUCGAGCAUAAUAAGCACAAAAUUAGGCAUCUGCACAUGUGCUCUAUAUGUAUAUGUUUGAAAGAAUGAGCUCCCAAAACCAUGGCGUUGAUGGAUUGGCUCUGCCUUUAGUUCUUGGUGAAGCCAUUGACAGUUAUGCUCGCCCUCAAAUUAGCAGCAUUUGGGAUUCUGUCCCCAAUAUCAAUCCAGGCAGCAGACGAUAUGUUGAUCAAGAAAAGACAGCAGCUUUAGCCUCUUUUGUGCAUCCUUCUUCAUUUCAGCCUAUUCAUUACAGUUAUGGUAAUGAUCCCUACAAUGCUAGCUCGUCGAGAAUCUCGAACAAUUGCGCAGUCCCUUCGGACAAUGCCGGAAAGACUGCGGCUCAAUUGGCUCAGCUCACCGGAAGCUACAGCCUCCCGAUCGAAUGGAUGAUCACUGACAGCAGCCGAGGAUUGAACUGCAAUAGCCCUGGCGGAUCCUCGCGGUUUAGCAACGAGUAUUCGACUAGCGUCGUGAAAUCUGCCCGGGAGCCGUGCUCUGAGAAUAGCUCAUCAUCAGGGUCUAUAUUCCUCCAAGCAAUGCAGGAAAUCCUCGUGGAAAUAGCUUUCUACGCACUCGAAAACGCCGGCAUCGAUGAGAAUGGAACGAACUUCUGUUUAUCUUCAAGCCGCCCUGCCCGAACGCCCCUUGACGCGGACGCGGACAAGGCCAUUGUGUCGCAAGACAUUCACCACAUCGAAGCGAGGAAAAGACAUCUUCUCGCGUUGUUGCAAUCGGUCGACGACAAGUACAACCAAUGCUUGCACGAAAUCCACACGGUGAGCUCGGCGUUCCACGCCGUGACGGAGCUGGACCCGAAUCUGCACGCCCGGUUCGCCCUCCCGGCAAUUUCUUCGAUGUACAAGAACCUGAGGGAGCGAAUCAGCAGCCACAUUCUCCCGCUAGGAAUCGAGGGACAACAGUGCAUUAUCGAGAAACAACGACAACAACAACCAUGGGAUCAUCAUCAUCAGCAGCAGCUAAGCAAGAGGGAUCGGGAUAGGGAUAGGGAUCGAGAUUGCCAUCAGCUCUUAUGGAAACCACAACGAGGUCUCCCCGAAAGAUCGGUCUCCGUCUUGAGAGCCUGGAUGUUUCAGAAUUUCCUUCACCCGUACCCCAAAGAUGCGGAUAAACAUUUGCUCGCUUUGAAGAGUGGUCUUACGAGGAAUCAGGUGUCCAAUUGGUUUAUCAAUGCUCGUGUUCGCCUGUGGAAGCCAAUGAUUGAAGAAAUGUAUGCCGAGCUUAACAUCAACAGAUCAAGAAAACCACCUAGAAUUUAAUCCUAAUUAAAAUCCAAACCAUCCCCACUUCUAUUUAAACUACGAUCUGUAUAUGCAUCAUGUUUGUGUAAAACAAUUACUUUUAUUACUAUUAUUAUUAUUAUUAUGCA